UCCGCUACAUUCCACUCUUUCUUCACACAGAGAUGGCCGCCCGCCGCUGCUGCCCCCUGACGAUGCUGCUGGCCGUGCUGUUGGUGACGUCAUGCCUCGCACCGCCCGUGGCUGCCAACGCAGCCAGCGUCUGCAUCCACAACUGCGCGCAGUGCAAGAAGAUGUACGGCCCCUACUUCGAGGGGCAGCUGUGCGCCGACGCAUGCCUCAAGUUCAACGGCAAGAUGAUGCCCGACUGCGAGGACGCCGCCUCCAUCGCGCCCUUCCUCAACAAGCUGGAGUAG